AGGAGGAGUUGAUCGUGGAAGUCAGAAAUUGACUGGUGCCACAGUGUGGAGCGCACGGCAGGUGAAGCAGAGAGAGAAAGAGAGAGACGGCUGAAUUCUGAUUUUGUUUUUCUUCAUUUCUCUCUCCCCACCUCUCUCUGUCUUGCGAUGACGACGACGACGACGACAACGACAAGGAGAAAAGGUUUUGAAUUCCUCUGUGCUCAGUGAAGUUUUUGCGUUAAUACCGGUGAUUUUCUUCUCGAGGACACACCUCAAGGAACCGCCUGCAUUUUGCAGCAUUUGCAGUACUUGUUGUUUGAAGUUGACGAUCAAUGUCAGCAAAUGAGGUAUUUUUCACAGAGUUGAAGUCCAGUUAUUGUAGUCAUAAGACCAAGCACUAUUGCAUCCUCUUAUUAGAGUGCUAGUCCAUCAUGUUCCUUGGGAAAAAAACGAAGACCAAAAAGGGUACAUCUAUCCGUGUUGAUUAUGUCGUCCAUGUUGAGGAAAUCAAACCAUGGCUACCUUCGCGGUCUUCAAAAUCUCAGCACCCCGUAUUGCUGCAAUGGGAAAAUGGGGAACGGCAAUGUGGGUACACCAAAUCAGUUGUUCCUUCUAUUGAUUCUAGUUCCGACAGCAAGAUUGAAUUCAAUGAAUCCUUCAUUCUUUCUGUGACUUUGUCCCAUGAAUUGUCCGCAAAGGGCGUUGAGUUGGAGACCUUUCAGAAGAAUUAUUUGGAACUGAAUUUAUAUGAGACUCGCAAGGGCAAGGCAGCAAAAGGCCAGAUCCUUGGAACCGUUGUGAUAGAUCUGGCUGAGUAUGGUGUCAUUAAGGAUCCUGUUAAUAUAAAUGCCUCCAUGAACUGCAAACGAAGCUUCCGGAACUCAUCACCGCCAGUGCUUUACAUGAAAAUCCAAUCAUGUGAAAGGGAUAGUAGUAGUUCUUCAUCUGGAGGCUUCUUGCCAAAAGAAAACUCAUUGGAGAAGGAUGACAAAGAAAAUUCUGCUCUCAUAAAUGAAGAGAACAUUGAGGAAGCUGAAAUUGCAUCAUUUACGGAUGAUGAUGCUUCCUCCCAUUGCUCACAACCUCUGAUGACUAAUUCUCCACCUCAUCCAGAAGAAGAGAAUGCAGACUCGUUGUCUCUUAAAUCUGAUGAUUCUUGGGUUGUCAGUAAACUGGGAGAAGUGACACAAACUUCUUCCUCAACGCCAGUUUCUGGGCCUGCAGAUGCAGAAGUUAGAGCAACUAACAGCACAAGUGUUGUCGACACCAAAUUGAUGAUGCAGGACCCACAUGGGAGCAUUGUUGAAAUCAUUUCAGUCACCUCUGAAGAAGUAAAAAGACAUCAUGACACAACAAGUGGAGGACCUUUUACUGCCAAGCUAGUAGCGGAAGUUGGACAAGCUACUCCAAAUAAUAAUGACCAUGAUGCUGAAGAUGGGGCAAUGGAACAAAAGGGCAGAAAUUCCAUGGAGGGAAACAAGGCUAAUAGAGAAGCAGAGCCAGAGGCUCAGGCAGGAACCAACGGAGCUAUAAAUGGAAAUGUUGAACAUGAUGAGAAAAAUAAUAAGUAUUUGAAGCAGAAUGGAGACCCUCUCUACAUAGAUGAAAAUUUCGAUGAUGAUGCACUUGGAAUUUUUUCACAUCCUUGGAGAGUAGAUGAAGUAAAUGGAUUACUAGACAACAACAUUGCGACAAGUUCGUCAGAUCAACAAACUAAAGCUUCACAAUCAACCCAUGUGAAGCAAGUGACUUCCAAUAGUGCGAGGCAGGCAUUCAGCAGGGGACUUUUCAAGGCAAAGGUCAGUAACAUCAUUGGUGGUAGAAAGCAUGGACACAGGUCUGCCAAGUCAGUGCCUGAAAAUCCAACGGGCAUCACACUAAGGAACAAUAAUCAAUUUGCUGAUGCAAAAAAGGGAAUUAAUAGUUUAGAAUUCUCCUAUAAUAAUGCCACGAGAAUGGAGAAAAUGCACAGUAAACUGGCUGCUAAUGAAGAGACAGGUGAGGCUGUUCCUGACAGUAAAAUUCAAGAACUUGUGAGCAGAAUUGAGAGGCUUGAGUCAGAAUUAAGAGAAGCAGCAAUUAUUGAGGCUGCACUUUAUUCUGUAGUUGCAGAACAUGGAAGUUCAGUACAUAAAGUCCAUACUCCAGCACGACGUCUUUCAAGGAUGUAUAUUCAUGCACACAGAAAUUGGUCCAGAGAAAAGAGGGUCAGUGCUGCUAGAAGUAUAGCAUCAGGGAUGGUCUUGGCUGCAAAAGCAUGCGGGAAUGAUGUCCCCAGGUUGAUGUACUGGCUAUCAAAUUCAGUUGUCUUAAGGAUACUCAUUUCCCAAGUUUUUGGUAGUCCAGCCAGUAGUAACCUUCGCAAGAGGGAUGAGAAUGGAUAUUCUGAUGCAAAAUGGAAGGAUAUUCCUUCUGGGGAAAGAAAAAGAGUACCCAUCUUCAAUACAGCAUUGGCAGACUGGCAGGACCCCAGCACAUUCACUGCUGCUAUAGAGAACAUAGAAUGCUGGAUAUUCAGUCGAAUAGUUGAAUCUGUUUGGUGGCAGACAUUGACUCUAUACAUGCAAUAUUCAGUGGAAGAUGGGCAUGCUCAACUGAAGAAGUCUUCUGGAAAGAUGUCAACUUUGGGAAAUGAUCUCAAAGGAAACUUCUCAAUCAACCUGUGGAAAAGUGCUUUCCGUGAUUCCUUUGAAAGGCUUUGUCCUGUUCGAGCUGGAGGCCAUGAGUGUGGUUGCUUGCCAGUGCUGCCAAAAUUGGUAAUGCAACAAUGUGUAGCUAGGCUGGAUGUAGCUAUGUUCAAUGCCAUUCUGCGCGAAUCAGCUGAUGAUAUUCCAAUGGAUCCUGUUUCUGAUCCAAUUAGCGGUUACAGGGUUCUCCCAAUUUCAUGUCAGAAUUUGAGCUUCGGUGCUGGUGCACAACUGAAAAAUGCUAUUGGUACCUGGUCUAGAUACCUGGCUGAUCUUUUUGGUAUUGAUGAUGAUGAUGAUUCUAUGGAAGUUGACAACUCCAAUAUUGGUGAGGAGCAGAAUUUUGCAACUUCAUGCAAGUCUUUCCAUCUUCUCAAUGCCUUGAGUGACCUCUUGAUGCUUCCAAAGGAUUUGCUUUUAGAUGCAUCUAUCAGAAAAGAGGUAUGCCCAACAUUUGCUGCACCUCUUCUGAAGCGAAUUCUGUUGAAAUGUGUGCCUGACGAAUUUUGCCCCGGACCGGUUUCUAAGGCUGUUCUUGAAGCACUUGAUUCUGAGAUAACUUAUGAUCAGAAUCCACGAUCUGGGGGAAGAGAGCCUAUCAGUAGCUAUCCCUGCAUUGCUGCUCCAAUCAAAUACUCCCCACCUAGCAGACCAUCAGUUUCUUCUGUCAUUGGAGACGUGCAGGGCCACUUUAAGUGGAAAAAGAAUGCUCCUUCAGUAUUGAGGAAAUGCCCUACCAGUGAUGAUGAGCUUGAUGAGCUUGAAACACCACUCACACCAAUUUUUGACAGGACACCAACUUCACCAACACAGGUGCUCUCAGCUGAAAGUCCUCCGGCAGAUACGAGCAUCAGUGAGAGGGUGAAUUCUAUCAGAUACCAGCUACUGCGUGAAGUAUGGUGUGAAGGGGACUGAAGUCGUGCAAGAAUGUUAUCUUAGUUUUUGUCUGUUGAAAUUUCUGCAGUUGCAUUCCUUUGAUCUCAUUUGUAUCAUAUCAUACUCCUCUUUGAUCUCAUCUGUAUCAUAUCAUACUCAUCUUCUCUGGAAAUAACUGAGUUUGGCGAGGCACGGGUUCUUUCCUGCCCCAUUACCAUUAGCCGGCGGCCUUUCUUGGCCACUUCUUUGUCGCCUGUGGAAAAGAAUAACGUCAAUUACGCAAGGGAAAUUUCUACCCUUUACACUCUUUUCUUUCUUGGCU